GUUUGUUUUCUCACAGAUCAUGCUGCUUCUGGCCAAGCAGGUCCUAUAACUUGCUCUUGCCAACCAGCAACCGGCAAAUUCCAGCGCCGAUGUUUGGAGCCAGCUCCCCAAUAAUAACCCACAGCUAUUUGCACAUAUUUUACUGCCAGAAUGGACAAGCAGACAGCAAGCCAGAAGCGCCCACGGAUCGACGGGCAAGGUAACUAGAAUAUAGACUACAGCCAAACGCCUGGCGCCCAUGCAUCACCGCUCAAUAGCCACCUGGCAGCUGUAGUCAAGAAACGCACGCCGAUCCGCACAGACACGUCGCCCUCCGACAUCUACGUCACCCGGGACCGCCGCAAGUUCCAAGGCCAGGUAAUGCGGGCGCGCAAGCUGCUGUCCGAGCGCAGGUAUGCCUCAAUCACAAUCCACGGGCUCGGCGCCGCCAUCGGCCAGGCAAUUCGGCUAGCAAACACAGUCAAGGCGAGCCUCGGCGACCGCCAGGUGGAGAGCGAGGUAUCCACAGAAACCAUUACAUUGUAUGAUGACGUUAUUUCAGACGAUCCGACAAAGGAUACCGAGACCCAGGCGCGCCAGAACUCUGCGAUUAGAAUAAAGCUGUCAUUGAAAAAACAAUAAACACUAGUGCUCGGCACGCU